AUGAGUGGUGACCCCAAUGGUGCCACGUGGACGCUUGACCUAGACAAAGAUUACCCGAAGUCAGAUUUGUGGAAGGUAGUUGUCUACAACCGCGUUGCGGACCGCGGGGAAGAACAGCGCCUGAUUGGAGCAGAAAUCUUGCUGCAUUCCUCCGACGGGUCAGAGACCGAUCAGGUUGGUACAUGUACCACCGACGUCGUGCAGACGUUCGUCAUCACGGAGCCUCCUCGUAGUUUCAACCAGGUCGUGAUACAGAGUGCGUCGCAGCAAUACCUUCAGGUUUCCGAGUUGGAGUUGUACACGAUGAAUGGCACCAACAUAUCUCCACUGGGAACGGCCACACUGAGCUCCGCGUGGGGAGACAAAACGGGCGACUUGGCGAUCGAUGGAAACAACGACGUCACCGACUUCAGUUCUGUCGCGAUAGGACAGCCGGAUUCAACCUGGACACUCGAUCUGGACAAGGCCUAUUUCGAGUCAGAGCUGGAGAGAAUCGUCUACUACAACAGGGGCGACGGAACACGCGGAGAAGAGCAGCGCGCGACCGGUUCAACCAUAUCUUUUCACUCUUCGGACGGGAUGGACUCCGUGCAAAUCGGGGUUUGUAACUCUGACCUAGUGCAGACGUUCGUCAUCACCGCCAAACAGGUUUCCAUCGUGCUCUCUCCCCGCGUGACGAGAAUCCGGGCCACCAUCGCAGAGAUCGACGGGGCCUUGUCGUGCAGGGUCGUGGUGGGCGAAGAAGGGGCUGACUCCACCAUGGCCACGGUGACCCACGACGACAUCACCGGCAUCGUUACGGAUCGUACGGUGGAUAUCAAGAAUUUGCAGGCGGAGACGACGUACCAUGUGACGUUGUAUGCAAGCUUCGGCAGCGGGUACGAGGUAGUGCAAACGAGUAGCACGCAAACUCUGGCCAAUGUUGCAUCGAGCUACAGCGUCUCCGACUACGGGGCCGCCGGUGCGUACGACCUGAGUGCCCUGGGCCAAGCCGAGCUCGAUGGCGUCAGUGAAGUCAUGAACGAGCUGUUCGCGACCGGAGAAAAGCAGCUCGGGCGGCAGCGGCCAAAUGUUCACGCUGCAACUCUCUGA